AUGAUGCUCAGGCCGUUAUUCACAAUUUAUGGAGAAGUGCAAAAAAACGAAAAACAAGAAAACUGGAGUUGGGAGAACUCACCACCGGAACUACGACUUUCAUUUUCUGGAUUGUUACCCAAUGUUGUGUUGUGCAUAACAUUGGUAGAUCGCGGUAACCGAGAGCAAGCAUUAUUCAUUUGGAAGCAUGCUGCGGCUUGUUGCUUAGAAUCAGGAGUGCGGGUUUUAGCAUAA